AUGAGGGCCUGGGACUUUGCGCUGGGGGACGCGGUGGAGACGCUGAGUGGCGCGGAGGGGCGCGUGCUGCUGGUGGAGUCUGGGGAGGUGCUGCUCCGGGAGGCGAGCACCGGGCGCAUGGCGCGGGCCAAGACUUCGGAGCUCUUCCGCCCCGGCGCGCGGCAGGCUCUCGCCACGCAUCGCGCCGUGCUGGGCCUGGGGCCGGCAGCGGGGCCUCAAGAGGCCACGCGAGCCUUUCGGCGGCUGGCGAAGCAGCACCACCCCGACAAGGGCGGAGACCCGGAGACCUUCCGCAGCCUGCACGACGCCUUCCAGGUCGACACGAGAUGCGCCUUGCACACCUCCCAGGCGGUGGCUUGGCGUUACCUGCGGCUUCCCCGCGCCGCGGUGCCCACGGCGGGGGAGGUGCUGGCGGCGACAAAGUAUGCGCUCAGCGGCAAGGAGGUUCUGAUCACCGGGGCAUGCAACGGCAUCGGACUGGCACUGGCCUUGGCGCUGCUGGAAUGCCCGGUGAAGAAGUUGUACCUCCACGGCCGCUGCAAGGAGCGGGUGGCGGAGGUGGUUGCGAGACUACCAAAGGCGCAGCGCCAGAAGUGCUGCGCGGCGGUGGCUGACCUCAGCAGCCUCAAAGAGGUGGACGAUCUCGUGGCCACGUUCACCGCGCCGCCGGAUGUGAUCAUUUGCUGCGCCGGCAUUGCGACGCUCCCGCGGUGGACCGCCUCACGGGAUGGAUAUGAAAGUCAGUGGGCAGUAAACCACCUGGCUCACUUCCACUUGGUCACGCAGAUGGCGAAGUCUUCUUCGUCUUUGCGUGUCGUCAUGGUGUCUUCUGACCUGCAGAAACUAGGCAAGCGGUGGCUCCAUUUGGAUUCAGCGACUUUGCAGGGCAUCAACAACCCCAGCUGCUACAGCUUCCUGGGGAACUACAUCACCUCCAAGUACUGCAACCGACUCUUCGCCGCCUCUCUGGCCCGGCAAGGGGUAGAGGCGGUGGUCUGCACUCCAGGAGAGGUUGCCACAGACAUCGACCGGCACCUGCCCUGGAUCCUGCGACGGCUGCUGCGCUGGAGCUCCCGAAAGCUGCUGCCCGAGCAGGGCGCUGCCACCCUGGCCUUCUGCGCCUCCGCGGACGUGCAGCCCGGGGCCUUCUACGCCAACUCGCGCCAGGUCCACGUCCCCACGGAAGGCGCUGCGGAAGAUGAGCUGUGGCAGUUCAGCGAGAGGUUGGUGGCGGCAGCCCUGAAGCACUGA